AUGACUCACCAAGGCUCCACUACAAGUAGAGACCUUCGACACAGUAACAAGUGUCCCCGUCGCAAGACGGAUGAGAUUUCAUCUCGCGUACCUGGUGCUUCUGCACGUAAAGCAUCGGAGGAUGCUGGCACUCUGUUCCUCAGCAAGAAGCUCUGCUUCUUCACCUUCAGCAUAGGUGAGAUCCAUCGGUUCCGGAACGCUGGGAGAGCUCGCGCAACUAGCUCACCGACCAGGUCGAGCCAGCUUGAAGUUAUGUUCGGCAUUCAACCACCGCCUUCUCUGGCCUACGCGGUGUCGCGCAGGUCGGACUACGAGUUAGCCCAUGUCACAACCUACUUGCAGAAAAUCCCGCACCUGGGUCGGUUGACUGUACCCUCUGCGACGAUGGAACACUCAGUGUUCGCGAUUUUGCGCCCAGGGCUGCAGGACGCGCUUAACAAGCUCAUGUCUUUACUUGGCCCGGAGGGCGUGGCUCAUCUUGCGUCGCAAGUUCCAGAGGCGGGGGCCGCCAGGCUGGAAAAAGAUGAGCGCCGCAACGGCGGCAGCGUCGGUGACGCGUGA